AAAAAAAACCUAAUUCAAAGCAUGGAAAAAGUUGAUCUGUUUGACAAGACAAUUCUCAUCACUGGUGCUAGUGACGGUAUCGGCAAAGAAACAGCCAUAGCGCUUUCACAGAUGAACGCGCAACGAGUCAUCAUGGCCUGUCGUGCAUCUGAAAAGUCGGAAAGAGCGUUUCGGGAUAUUUCUUCAAAGAAAGCAAAUGUUAUUUUAGAGCAUAUUGAUUUAUCGGACCUAGCCUCUGUUAAGGAAUUCGUGGAUCGCAUCUUGCAGAAAAAGAUACGAUUGGAUGUUCUCAUCAAUAAUGCUGGCGUGAUACUAUCAGAACGAUCGGUGACCAUAGACGGGUUUGAGAUGCAGUUUGCUACAAAUUUUUUGGGUCAUUUUCUGUUAACAGAAUUACUUUUGAAGAAGAACGUGUUCAACAACAAGGCGAGAAUUAUUAAUUUAUCAAGCCAUGCCAUGUUAUUUGGUAAAAUCGAUUUUGAAGAUAUUCAUUUCCAGGAUCGAAAAUAUUCGGGUUGGAAGGCAUACACCCAAUCAAAAUUAGCCAAUGUAAUGUAUGCUAAUUAUCUGAACCGUACGUACGCCCAUAUUACAUCGUAUUCAGUGCAUCCGGGUAUGGUUCGAACUCGCUUUGCCAACAAUUCCGGUUUAUUUCAUGUGCUGGAUAUGAUAUUUUACCCCCUAUUCUACUUGUUAUCCAAAUCGCCAUCGGAGGGAGCAGCAACCUCGAUUUACUUGGCUUCCAGUCCAAACGUCGAGGAUCAAGGCGGGAUCUAUUGGUUCAAUUGUAAACCUUUUACAAUGUUCAAAAGUGAAGAAAGUCAUGAUGAAAAAAUACAAGAACAGCUUUAUAUAUACAGUAAAAAAUCAGUUGAAGGAUAUCUCUAGUGGCAGAAUAUAGAAUUGA